AUGCGUCUGAUUUGUGCUCCAGCGUCAGUGAAACCAUGGCAACCAACGGUCCGCUGGAGUUCAGAACCCCCACAGACGAUGAGCGAUCAGCGAUCUGGGCCACAAGAGGCGAAGGGUCUCUGCCGGAGGAGAGAUGUGCGCUUUCACUCGUUCAUUUCGUCCAUCAGUCAGCACUCUUUAUUUAAUGCGUUCAUUGUGAUAAUUGUCAUCAUCAACGCUUUUGUCAUCGCCCUGGAGGAAGAGUACAGUAACUCAGGACUGUUCCGGGUGUUGGAGUUCUGUAUGAAGGUCUACGUGGAGCACCGUGGUUUUUGGAGAAGUGGCUUUAAUAUCUUUAGCUCUGCGUUGCUGCUGCUGUCUCUGGUGGCAGUGUUCGCUGAGGGAGCCAUUUCAUUCUUCUCACUGCAGAACCUCAGACCUUUCCGCGCCCUCCGGGUCCUGAAGACCAUCUCCUUCUUCCCCUCCCUUCAGGCUCUGGUUGUGAUGCUAGCUAAAGCCAUGAAGAGAGCUGUGUAUGUGAUGAGUUUGGUGUUCUUCAUCAUGUUCAUCUUUGCUGUUGCUGGAGUUCUCUAUUUCGGAGAGCAGGCUUCAGGGGACCUCGAGCACUGGGGGGAUUUGGGGUCCGCUCUGCUCACCAUCUUUGGCUUAGUAACACUGGACGGCUGGGUGGACCUGUUGAAGAAAGUAGAUAGUUCAGGAGUGACCUACAGUCGGCUCUUCCCCGUCGUCUUCAUACUGAUAGGCCACUUCAUCUUCUUCAACAUGUUCGUGGGUUUGGUCAUCAUGGAGGUUGAGCGCAUGACUAAAGCCCGUGAGGAGGGGUCUCUGCAGGAGCGGGAGGCAGCGCAGAAAAGAAAGAAGGAGAAAAAAACAAUGAAGCAGCUGAUUGGGAGUCAGGUGUCUAAACUGAAGAAAUGGUCCGAUACCAACGUAAAGACUGAUAAGAAUUUCCCCCAAAUCAUCCAGCAGCUCAGAAUGUCUCUCUCCGACUAG